AUGGCCGACAGCGAUACUCGUAAGGAUGAAAACAACAACAACCCCGAAUUUGAGAAUGAGAUUGCGCCAGCCCCUGCAGCUUUUAAAUCAGAUGUCUGGAAACAUUUUGGUUUCGCCGUGUCAAUAAACGCAAAAGGAGAGAAGGUGGUGGACAGACAAUGGACUAUGUGCAGGCACUGCCACAGUAAAGUGCGAUACAACAUGGGAAACACAAGCAACAUGCGAAGUCUGACGACCCAUCAUCCCGAAAAGUUUGCAGAUUCUCUCACAAAGAAAGUCGUGUCCGGUCAAAAAACCCUGAAGGAGGCAUUUUCAACAACUAUGCCACACAGCAGCGCAAGGGCUCAAGAAAUCACGAGGUACAUCGCGGAAUACAUAGCGUGUGAUUUACGUCCCUUUUCUGCAGUAGAUGGCAAAGGAUUUAAAAGGUUAGUUGCCAAGCUUGAGCCGAAGUAUCAAAUGCCAUCGCGGGCUCAUUUUAGUCAAACUGUGUUCCCUGCUCUUUACCGUGAGACAAAAGAACGUGUCAUGUUGAACCUUAAACAGUCUGAGUGCAUUGCUAUUACCACUGAUGGGUGGACUUCCAGAGCGACUCACAGUUACAUUACUAUAACGGCACAUGGUUUGACGCGUGAAUGGGAAAUGCAGAGUUACGUUUUACAAACUAGACAGCUUAGCGAAUCACACACUGGCGUAAACAUAGCCGAAUUCCUUAAAUCUGCAGUCAAAGAGUGGGAGCUGGACAAGAUUGGAACAAGGAUCGCUGUUGUUACUGACAACGCAAGCAACAUGCGAGUUGCAGUAAAGGAAGCCGAACUGUCCCCUCACAUACGGUGCUUUGCGCACACACUAAACCUGGCCUCCCAAGCAGGUUUAAAAGUCUACGCAGUGAGCCGGCUACUCGUGACAAGAUGGAAUAGCUCUCUGGACAUGGUGGAGCGCUACCUUGAACAACAACAAGCUGUUGCUGCAGCCCUACUGAGUGAUGAACUGAGACACAAGUCGCGUGAAAUUGACACUUUGGACACAUCUGACAUUGCAAAUGCAGAGGAUCUUGUGAAGAUUCUUUUACCAAUAAAAAAGCCCACAACUGUUCUCUGUGAUGAGUCGCAACCAACAAUGUCUCUCAUUUCACCACUAAAACACAUGAUUCAAGACAGCAUGGCCACAGAUAAUCACGACUCAAAUGCCAUUGCUCAGAUGAAGGCAGCCAUUCUGAAGGAUCUUACUGACAGAUACCAAGGAGAGGAUGAAAAGUUCAUGCAGGAGAGCAGUGCUUUGGAUCCACGCUUUCGGACCUUGCAACAUCUAGGCAGUGGAGAGAGAGAGGACGUCUUUGAAAGAAUAAAGUUCAAAGCAUCACAGAUGGAACAAAAGGACCAAGAUGUGCUGCCCAGGAGCCCACAUCCAGCAGAUCUGGAAGACAGCAGCGCGAGCUUUGUGCCUCCUCUUAAGAAGCAUGCCCUUGAGGACCUCCUUGGCUCUUCUUUUAGCAGUAAUCAAGUCACAGGUGGAAUUCAGGCAGAAAUUGACUCUUACUGCAAAGAAGCAUUAGUUUCUCUGUCUGCUUGCCCUCUUAAGUGGUGGAGAGGCAAUGCAGGGCGGGAUUCUGUCUUCAUUAGCAAAGACCUACCUGUGUAUACCCGCUACCUCAGUGCCCAGUGA